AUGAUAAAAAUUGAAUUUCGAGGGGGAUUUCAAGUUUCCAUUGGCAUCGAGGGCACACUGAUCUGUCAUGAUGCUCAGAAUGUGGUUGUGCACAGGCCAGCGGGGGGCAAAUUAUUCUGCAAUAUGUAUACAUACACGGCCGUCGAUUACCGUAUGAUGGCCAUGUUUAUACGGUUGCUAACGGUAUACGGGAUGUCCGUAUACCGUCCGUCUCUGGGCAAGUUAUUUCGCCAGACAGAACGGGCACGGUACCCGUAUGAUGGCACCCGUAUAACCGUACUAUACGGUGAUGAAGCUGGUUCUCGUGAACAGAGGAAUAGAAGGGGGGAAGGACAAUGUACCAAAAUUGCUGCAUUUGUUCAGGUGGAGCGUCUCGUAUGUGAUAAUACGAAUCCACAACGGGAGCAAAUAUUGGGCUGGCAUUUUUCCGACCUGGUAGAGAUCGGGGCAAAGGACUGGGGUGGCCACUGGGAUACGAAAUUUAAAUAG